CCGAGAAGGGCGGCGUAUGCCCCACCGCGGCUGCCCCUCCCCGCCUUCCGAGCGCGACUGGCCUCCUCCCGCCGCACAGUCCGCUCCUCCCCGCUGCCGUCCCAGCGGCUGCCAAGCUGCCUGCGGCAAGGGCGGGCGCGGGCGGCCAAGCUGCUCGGGACUCGCCGGUGCUGCCCAUGGGGGAGAGCGGAGUGCCCCCUCAGGUUCAACUCUUCCUCCGCGCCUGCGAGCAGGGUGACUGCGAGACCGCCCGGCGCCUCUUGGGGCUGCCCGGCGGUGGCACCGCCGACCCGGCAGCCCCUUCCUCCUGCGGUACCGAGGGGGCUGUGGCGGAGCCCUGCGGGGAACCGUCCGCCUCGCCCGUCCCCGCCGUGCCUGUGGACUGCACCGACGAGGCCGGCAAUACCGGGCUGCAGUUCGCCGCGGCGGGAGGCCACGAGCAGCUGGUGCGAUUUCUGCUGCGGAAGGGGGCCUCGGUACAGAGCAGGAACCACUACGGAUGGAGCCCACUCAUGCAGGCGGCCAGGUUUGGUCAUAUAAGCGUGGCUCACAUUUUGCUAGAGAAUGGUGCUGAUCUCAAUGCACAGAAUAAGUUAGGAGCCAGUGUCCUCACAAUGGCCUCCAGAGGCGGCCAUGUCAGCAUGGUGAAAUUGUUGCUGGAGUCUGGAGCUUUCGUAGACAACUAUGACCAUUUUAGUACGAGUAUACUCAACAGCAGCAGAGAUGACCUUCCUGAUAUCACUCCACUAAUGGCAGCUGCUCAGCAUGGACAUGAGGCAGUGGUUCAUCUGUUAUUAGACUGGGGAGCUGAUUGUAAUUACACUGUGAAGACUAUGGGCUGGAGUCCUUUAAUGCUGGCAGCUGUUAGCGGAAAGGUGAGCUUGGCACAGCAGCUCAUGGAGAAAGGUGCUAAUCCUGAUCACCUGAAUGUACUACAUAAAACGCCUUUUGAAAUCUCUGUUGGCUUCAAACACAAAGACAUGAAGGACUACCUGGAAUCUCUCACAACAAUCAGACCUCAGGCAGAUUCAGAAAAGAGGCAACCUGAUGUCUUUCAUGCCUUGAAACUGGGAAACUUUCAACUGGUUAAAGCUAUAGUUGAUGAAGACCUAAGUCAGGUCAAUAUUACUAAUGUUGAUGGUGCAUCUCCGUUAAUGAUUGCGGCUGUAACUGGACAGCUGCCCCUUGUUCAGCUUCUGGUUGAGAAAAAUGCUGAUAUUGACAAGCAGGAUAAUGUUCAUGGCUGGACAGCACUAAUGCAGGCCACAUACCAUGGAAAUAAAGAUGUUGUGAAGUAUUUGUUAAAUCAAGGAGCUGAUGUCAAUCUUCGUGCAAAAAAUGGAUAUACAGCUUUUGACCUGAUAAUGUUGCUGAAUGAUCCAGACACGGAGCUUGUACGGUUACUGGCAUCAGCAUGCAUGCAAGUAGACAAAGACAAGAAUAAACUGAACAGAUCAUCUUUGCCUUGUUCCAGAAGUAGACAAUCCUUAAAUGUCCCAGUGUUGCCAGAUGAUAAAGGGGGUCUAAAGUCCUGGUGGAGCAGGAUGUCCAAUCGUUUCCGUAAGCUGAAGCUGACUCAGACAUUGCGCCAUGGAUUUCCUUCCAAUCAGUUUGUGCCUUUUCCUGAUGAGCCUGAACCACUACUAAAUUCCACCAUAAAAGCAGUUUCACAGAGUGAUACGGACGCCUCUGGAAAUCUUGAUGCUACUGCAGCUUGGAUUACAAAUAACAAAGCUAGUGGUGUGAACCCUGCAAAUGGAGGGAAGGAUGAUGAGUUAUUGACAACCAUGCUGAGAAGCAGUGCUCCGUUCACCAGGCUGCCCAGUGACAAGCUGAAAGCAGUGAUCCCACCUUUCUUGCCACCCUCCAGUUUUGAGCUUUGGAAUUCUGACCGACCGCGACUCAGCAAAGAUGGCAAAGCUGAACAGAUGAGAACGGCCUGGCCACAGAAGGCGAUCAAGCACGAUUUUAACAGCAGUGGGAACUCUGAUAUAACGUCUAUUAGCAAAGGUAAUAGACCAGUCAAGUUACCAACAUUCGCAAGAAGACCUGCAUCUCCUUCAAAUUCUAAUAACUUCAAUCAUUCUCCCCAUUCUUCUGGUGGAUCUAAUAACAUUGCAGGAAUUAACAGACAUGGAGGAGAACUGCAUAACAGAUCAGGUGGCAGUGCAGAUAAUGUUUUGUCUCAGAUUGCAGCCCAAAGAAGAAAAGCAGCAGGCUUAUCUGAACAGAAACCCAGCCAACAACAUAGUCCAGUUCAGUCACCUCCUUCAUCCACUCUGUCUGAUUUGCAGAGCGCUCCAGUUGUUGGCAAUGGACAUGUUGUAAAGCAAAAACUGGAGAUGAACAAAAGGCCUCCAUCUGGGACUUCAUCUACAUCUAAAAGUACAUCGCCAACUCUCACACCUUCCCCAUCACCCUCCCCAUCUCCUAAGGUUCACAAUGCAGAGUCCUCCCUCUCUUCAUCUCACAGACAGGGCAAGAGCAAUGGUUCCAGCAGUGGUACUAUUACAGAAGAUGGAAACCACUUGGUGGACCAUCAACAGCUUGUCCCUAUUCUGAGAACCAGUGAUGUAGAGAAUCAUGAAAGACAAAACCAUGUGAGAGUAAAAGGAGGCUCUGAAAACUUGGAGAAAGAUGAGCUGACUGGCAUCCUUAAAAAAUUGUCACUUGAGAAAUACCAGCCUAUUUUUGAGGAACAAGAGGUGGACAUGGAAGCCUUCCUUACACUUACUGACGGUGAUCUGAAAGAGCUGGGUAUUAAAACUGAUGGAUCAAGGCAGCAAAUUCUGGCAGCUAUUUCUGAACUAAAUGCAGGAAAGGGACGAGAGAGACAGAUUUUACAAGAAACUAUACACAACUUUCACUCUUCCUUUGAGAGCAGUGUUAGUAACACACGGCCUCCAAGUCAUUCCCAGUCACCUGGCUGCACUAUAAAACCACAAGAAGCUGUUUCUCCCAAAAGGUAGCCAUUGGGGAAAAAAAGGGUGUUUUUUUGGCUUUUUUCUUCUGUUGAAGCGGCAUCUGAUUGAGUAAAUCCAAGUGUACAAAUGAAAAUUUGAGAAGUUAGUCCUAACUACACCUGCAUAGGACUUCCUGCAGUCGUGCAUUCAAAUCCCACAAAGAAUCAAAGACUGUGAAAAAGAGAUUGCCUUUAUAGUUCAACCUAAGUGUUGAAUUGUUCAAGGCAUGAGUGGUCUGGAUUUGAGAGGAACAAAGUCAGAAGAGCAGGAGGAAUGAAUGACUGUAGAAGAAAAUGGAUGUUUUAAUUCAGCUCUUACCCAUAGAUACAGGAGGCCUGUAUGGGUACAGUCAAGAGCAUCAAAAGCAUGGAAGAAGGCAUGAAAACCACCAGGAAUUAUGAGUUUCUGUAUGGAGAAAUACUUAAACUGAAUAUGCCUCUAUUCACUGGAUAUAGAGGAGUUCAAAUAGAAAAUGUAAUGGUUUCAUGAGAAGGAAUACAAGGGAACAGUAAUGCUGCAUUUUUCCUUAAACGAAAUACACUUUAUCUACUCAACUUUGAGAGGUUAGAACAGCAGUAAAAGUAAGUAUUAAAUACUUAAUUGUAAAAAUAGCACUUUAUUUAAAGAAACACAUAAUCUGUCACCAAUAUUUAAACAGAAAUAGUGUCAAAAUGUUUUGUAUUUCUGAUUGAUUGUUUUGAAAAUAGAACAAAUGUCGCUGACUGGGUUUUGUGGAACAGCAACACUGGCGGGUCCUUAAAAUGCAUUUUUGUAACUUGUUUUUUGUAAUGAUUUUGAAAGGAAUGGAUACAGUAUACAUGAGUGGGAAAAAAAUCUACUCAGAAACCUCUGUUAAGCAAUUAAAAUGACAAGUCAUCAGAAGCCUCUGAAUCUGUCUUUCUGAAGACUCAAAAAUAUGUAACUUUACAACUGGCUGAACUCAGUGUGAGUCCAGGAGUGAUCAUGUAUGUAAAGUCAAGCAGAUCUUGGAGAGUCAAUGCAGAGGAGAGCUCUCAAAUAACUACUUCUAUACAGAACUCCAUCCUUCUCACCAUAUUGAUUGUAGUGGGGCUUAGAAAAGAUAGGGACAGAAGGGAAUGUAGUGAUAGACAGAGAUAAGAGCACCAGUGAAAGUGGUGAUGCCGCUGCUGUCCCUCAGGUGCCUCUGGCUGUGUCAGCUGCUUCUGUGAUGACUUCAUUAGUUUGGCCAUAUGAAGUACUGCUCCAGGAUGGCUCCACCAGGUUAUGCAGCUGUGCUGCAUCAGAGCUGACCUUGAAAUCUAGAUCCCUAGGGGGAAGAGGAGAAGAGGUUUCAGGGGAAUACUGUAGAAAAAAGUGAUGCUUUUGAGCUGAUGAGGGCAGUCAAAGCCUGUUAGUGCCCUGAGGUCCUUGGCACUCUUGUUAACAUUUCAAGUGUCAAUACUACAGCCAUGUGCAAAGUCAUUUUGGCCAAGUUUUUCUUUUGCAGUGCACAUGCAUCAACAAAGUUAUUAUCGACAUUUAGCAUGGUAUUUUGUGUUUACAGCAUGUCUGAUGCCCCAGAAAAUCACUCCUUAUGCAGAAUUGUGCUUCAAGGUUAGUUUCACCAUUUAGUGUAAAAAUACCUAAUUUCAGUUUUCAGCGUUUUCAGAUGGCAUGGCAGGACAGACCUCAUGCUGAGUGCAAACUAUAUAAUACUAAGCUAAUGGCUCUGUCCUUUCUCAAAGAAACAUGUCGAUGGUUUUGGUUAAUAUACUCUAAAAUGCAGCAGAGAAAUAAUUGCAGCUUUUUAUUAUGACUAGGAAACAGUUGUUGCUUCUGAACCAAAAUUGUGCAGUGGCACCUUGGAGCGUCUCAAUGUUACUGGGAAUAAGUGAUCUGUAAUGAGCUGAAACCUGUCACCUACUACCUAGUACCUAUGGCAGCACACUUUCCCUAUGCGGUUUUGUGCUUUUCAUGCACAAAGUGGCAAUCCAAACACCCUGUACUCUCUGCAGAGAGUCACCUCAAUCCUGCUUAGUAGAGAAACCUCAAAGUGAGAAGGCUUUACAUUCCUGUUAAGACCAUGUGUGCCUUAUUCUUUGGAAGGAGAAGUACUCACCAAUAAACUAGGGGAGUUGAUGUUCAUUUAUAUUUUUUUAGGUAUUCUUCAAUAAGGCAUUGAAUAAUAGUUCAGUGUGAAAGUCACUGCAACGUUGAGAUGCAUUUUUCUACAAUCAGAGAGGGUUCGAACUCUUAUGUACCAGUGUCCAGAGACUGUAAAACCUCAAGGCUUUAAAGGGAACGCUUUUGUUCCUCUGGCUCAGUCUGCCUCGCUGCGCAGAAAAUAAUUCAAGAUUCAUGUGGUGCAGCCCCAUAAGACAUUGCUCUAAGAUGGGGAAGAGUUAGACUUUAGUUCCCCUAGUUUAUGUAUUUGUUUACCAAUUCCUAAGAUACAUUGUGACUAAGGUUAAAUAGUGCCAUAAAUCUGGGGAUGUUAGCAAAGAGAUUUGAACAAAAGAUGGCACUGUCAAAGGACACCAAUCAGCACAUGAGUAUAGACUGUGUUUACACAGCAGGCAAGAAAAGGUUCCUCAGGCUGUUCCAUCAGUAAGUCUCACUAUCUAAAGAGUUAGCUUUAUUAACACAGGAACAAAAAGACACAGUUUUAUGGUGCACUUAAUUCUUCAAGGUGGUCUGUUCUUUCUGCCUGAUUUAGCUGUAAGUGGAGACACAAAACAGGUUGCUUACCAUGGCUGGUUAUUAGGAGGUAGGUUCGAGACCAAUAGCUACAUGCAUGUGUCUAUCAGCUCAGCAGUAUGUAGUAGAGGUCUGGAUAGUGCAGUCACUGGAGCCUCAAAAGCCAGUAUCUGACCAGCCUAGACCAGAAGCUUGAUUCAGUUAUCUAGAUACCUUCUGACACUUCCAUGCCCUAAGGUAUCCACAGUACCUGUAAGAGGUGCCAGCCAUGACACCCAGUGAAGGUCAUGGUUAGAUUGUGUGCUUGGACAAAGAGAUGACUCAGAGGUGGAGAACAUAAUUUCAUUGACCUGUCCUGAUUGACAGACAUUUUGAAGGUGAAAAACUGUUUCCCGUUUGCUGUUCAUUUUCUGUGUCCUCUUUUUUAGUGUAAAUGAAGAUCUUUGUUAGCAAAGUUUUCUUACCUCAUAAUGAAGAGUUUCUGUUUCAUUGUUGGUUUUGCCAGAAGAAGUAAACACUGCAAGAAACAGUUCUUAUUCAGUCUAGAAUUAUGGACGUGACCAAUGUCUUAUUUUGCUGAGCAGAACUGACAAUUUUACUGGAAACUUUCAGAAAGUUCUUAGAAUUUAAUUUUCUCUUUUUCUUGCACUUUGUGUAUUAAUCAAGAUCAGAUUUUAAAUAAAGAUGCUUCAUUAUCUGGAAAUUAUUCAA